AGCAGCCUGUGAGAGUCUCUGACACCUAGGAUCCCGCCGUCACCACGAGGAAACUACUCCGCCACUUUUGACGAUCCGCACCGUGGUAGGCGUUUCUUCCGGAGCCCCCCUACCAUCCGCGAGCCCGCGACUCCGAGAACGUACCCCCGCGUGGCAGGUGGCACACCACCGUUGCGCGGUACUCCUAGACUCGCCGCUUAACGAGAGUGCAACUGCAGUUGGCGGCCGACCUGUGCACGGCUCACGGGGAAACGCGGAGAACGCGCUCGUUCCGACUCGCCGCAGUUUCGGGGGAGAUCCAGAGAAAGAGAGAUGAGGAUCAUUGUUCUAGUCGCAUUUGUCAUGGCCGUCCUGGCGAGCGUCUCGGCACAGGAUUUCAGGCAUUUUUUCAGAGGAUUUGGUCCUUACGGAGGCAUUUCGGCCGCAAUAAUGAGGGAUCCAAGAUCAAAUAGAGGUCCGGUGUUAUUCCCACCUGGGCCACCAGACACAGGUGAGACCAGCGGCGUCAUCGUGGGCGCGAGCGGAUACGGAUUCGUGCCACCCGGCUCAGGUUACUUCACCUACUUCUACUACUAAGCGUCCGGUAAUCGAGGGAUUGCAAGAAGAUGACAACGUGAAAAAAAAUGGUGGUCAAGGUUUCGGACGUACGUCACGGCUCGCAGACUCUAACUGGACACUGUGGUAGAUUAAUAGACCAGCGUUACGUUAGUGCGUGUCCAUUGAAGGAAGGACGAGCCUAAAGUAGCUCUUUUCUUCUUCUUUCUACUUUUAACAAUAGUCUCUCCUCCGCGAUUGGCGGCGUGGGAGUACGCCUACUUCCCGUGAACUUUGUUAGAUUGCGCAAAGUUCGCAGGGUAAAAGAGAGCUAUUAACGCGAUGUACAAAUAGAGAAAUACGUGCGAUUAUACGAUAACGAGAUUUAUUUUUUUUAAUUCUAAAAACAUCACGUCCCUUCUUCCCCAAGGCAUAUAGCGCGCGAAAUAUUUUAAGAUGAAAGUUCAACGGAAUAGCGCGGUAAAUGAGACCCGUGUUUCUGUAUCUCCUUCGAUUAAGGAUCACUCGAGACGCACCCUUAAGAAUGCCAACGAGACCGACAGUUAGUAGCUAAAUACCGGCCAUAUCGAAAUUGAUAUUACGCCACUUACUGUUAGUCUCGACAAUCACGUAUAAUCCCGUAUUAUACGAGCAACGAGAACGUUCCGCAUAAUGAAGUCUACGAAAGUACAAGUCGUAUUUUAUGGUGCAUUACUACGGGUAUUCGCGCCUCCGCGUGGCGGUAACGCUGAGGCGUGUAUAAUUAGUAGCAGCCACAGAGAGCACCGUGCACUCCUGACAGUGCGAUGUUAGAACAAAGCGAGCGGGACUGAAUAGCGAUCCGCUUCGCGCGCCUUACAGUCGGGAGAGAUAUCCGCUUAUGAAACAAGACCGGGUAAAUAGAGGUGGGUCCGGCGCGCGCGCCGCUGGAUCCACUGAAAAUGAUUAAGAGGCAGCGGUACGUUUCGUGCCGACUGGCAAGUUAUUUAUUACGACCGCGAUGGCGAUUUAAUUAAGCGUGGGUAGCCGUUUUUGGGUGAACCGCUUUUACGAUCUACCCGUUUCGUGUUCAAAUUGUUAACGCUCCGCGCCGUGCGGGCAGUUCGACACACACUGCUCGGCUUAAUAUAAGUAAUAUAUUUUAUAUUUAUAUGUAAAUGUGAUAGAGAGAGAGUAUAAGGAAGCGGUAUGAGGCCGCGAAUCAAUGGCGGGGUGCCGCCGUCGCUUUCGUUUCCGUGCAAUACGGUCAUGGUUCUUUAAACGCUAAAGAUACAUUGGUGCAUUUAAAUGCCCGGCUUCUCGGCCCAAUCAGUUCCGCACGCGCUCGGUUUUAAUCGCGCACGGUGGCGAAAAAUACGCCGAGUCCACAGCUUCAUUGAUCCGUGGCCAAAAAAAAAAAAAAAAAACACAUUCCGGUUAAUUUGCUCGCCCUUACAUAAUUUUUGCAUGAGUAUGGUCGAUCUUAGAUAAUUUUUAUAACUCGUACAAGGAGCAUGUAAAUAUUACAUAAUCUAUUAUACUCUAUAGGAAUAAAAUAAAGUCGUUGUCUAUAAAUCCGCGUUUGUUUUAUGAAAAUUUUAUACAUAUUUAGCUUUAAUUUGCUAAUAGAUAAAUAAAUGAAUUGAUUGAAGAAAUAA